AUGACCGAACCCACGACCUUGCUCGCCGCCAAGUCAAACGAGCCACGAUCUAACCUGCCUGUCGCAUCCUACUUGCCCAGCGGUGUUCGCGAUACUACUUUACCCAUGGGCAAGUAUUAUCCUUCCAACUACGAGAAGCGCAACCACCCGCCCCACCCAACGACGUCUAUGGAGCCGACACCGGUGCAGCCUCGACCUGUCGGAGUUGCCGGGCUAUCGUCGUCUGUCAAGUCCGAAUCUCAAGUUCCUACCGUGUCCAACGAAAAUUUCCAAACGAGUCGCCAAGAUUCCGACGUCCGCAGAAAGCUCGCGCAGUACCAGCGAGACAUGAUUGCCCAAGCUAGGCUUGCCGCCACGGAGAUCCUGGGCAGCUCAGCCAAGACCACGACUGCACCACAACCGACGACGGCAACGGCGACCGUCAUGCUCAAUGGAUUCCCCCUUGCCGGCAUGCGCCACUUUGCAGCCUCUGGUGGAGGCAAGCCGCUCUCGCCGAGGCUUCUUCCCCUAGGCAGCCCUGGUCCUGUUACGCCAAUGGACCUUGAGGGCGGGGAACUGGGAUCGGUCGACCGUGGAUGCGGCUCCUCUACUUUUGGUGAUAUCAUGGGCCGGUCGGGGGCUUCAUCCCCAGCGGUUGAAGCCGGCGCCGGUCGCUUUUUCUGA